AUGAAUGUAUGAAUGUAUACAUACCUACUUGCAUGUGUUGUGGUGAUAUGCAUAUAGGCAUUGUUCGACUUUUAAGAUGCAACAAUGUGUCAUUAAUAUGCUUUUAUGGUUUUACAUGCAUACGUACGAUAUAAAAUUCAGCAAUUUCAGAAUAUCCAUUCCAACUUAUUUUUUGCUGUAUCCUAUUUUAGCUACUGGAGAAUACCACACGGUCCUUAAUUAUCGAAAUGACGCGUGGAUUUUUAUCAUCACCGAGGAGAGUGCUUUCAGUUUUGGCACUGGUAUCUGUUACGGUCUAUUCCACUCACGCUAGCAAAGAUGUCGAGGAUAAACCAGCAGAAAACGAUACUUCUGUCAUCGAUGUCCAAUUUGUGAUCAGUGCGAGAGAGUUGCCAACCAAGAAAGGCAUUCUGGGUCAAACAAACAGGCCGGACUCGUACGUUGAGCUUGAAUACUUUGAGAAAAUGACGGGAGGAGAAAGCAAAGUGUACUUGACAUCAACGGUACCUUCAACUGCAAACCCUGAAUGGCCGGACAUUGUUCAUGUCAAAUUUCACAAUGGCCAGGGACAGCGGAUAAAAUUUGCUGUAAUGGAAGGGAGUUCGGACAAGGAAAUUUCUCACUGUUCUGUCAGUCUGAAGAGCAUAGUGAAUGGGACGGACAACGCGUUAGAGGUGGAGUUGGUGGGACCGAGUCAGAAGAAUGGUCGCCUCAUCAUCAACACGCUUAUCAACAAGACGCCCAACGACGCAACGGUCGAACGACUAGCCAGCACCUCCAAGGCCAAGGACAUCGUCAUAGACCUCGAAAAAAAUCCAAAGGACACGCGGAAAAGCAAGAAGAACAAGAAGAACAAAAAGGCCGCAGAAGACGACGAGGAUUGAAAAGUUACGUAGUUUAAAAAAACAUAGUUAGUCAUGAUUAAUAUAUUUUUAUGAAUGGAAUAAAACAUGGAGCAGUUGUAUAUAA